AUGAAUCCAUUUCGAGCAUUGCUGUUAAGCUUGGCGAUACCUGCAGCCAUAGCGGCUCAGGUGCCAUCCUUCCUGGCCACUUUCAACUCGAGCCAUUCUGUUGUUGUUGGAGAAAACACUUAUCACUAUCUGCGAGCUCGGCCCUCUGGCGAACCUAAGGGGACUGUCCUUCUCCUGCAUGGAUUUCCGGAUCUUCCACAGGGAUGGAAAAAUCAAGUUCCACUGUUUACUUCGCUCGGGUAUCAAGUUAUCGCUCCCGAGAUGUUGGGGUACGGACAGACGUCUUCGCCGAGCGAGUUAGACGCGUUUUCCUUCAAGAACAUGUCUGAUGAUCUAGCGGCGUUGUUAGACCAAAUUGUUCCCGAUGAACAGGUAAUCCUCGGCGGCCACGAUUGGGGUGCUGGCUUGGUAUGGCGGUUCGCCAUAUAUUACCCUCAGCUUUUCAAGGGGAUCUUCUCGUUGACAUAUCCUUAUUUUACCCCAGUGACUGAAUACGUCGACUUAGCCGACCAAAUUAAGGACGGCCAGUUCACGACCUUCAAGUAUCAGCUACAACUACGGGAUCCCUCACUCGACCGGCAUUUUCGGAGCGAGGAGGAGAUCCGGCAGUUUCUAAUAGCGACACAUUGGGGCCUAACCCCUGACGGCAAGGCUGGUUUCGAUAAUGAGGGUAUUAAACUCGAACUUCUACCUUAUCUGCAACCCAGCGAUCUCCUUAACGGUACAGAACUUGAUUUCUUUGUCUCGGAGUAUCAAAUCAAGGGUGUCAGAGGUCCGUUGAACUGGUACCGCACGGAGAAAAUUAAUUUUGAGGAUGAGCUGCCAAUCGCUCAAGCCGGCGGCCACAGAUUCACCAUGCCAAGCCUUUUCGUCCAGGCGCUCAAAGAUAAGGUGCUCGUCCCAGAACUAUCCGAAGGCAUGGACCAGUACUUCGACAAGUUGACGAGGGCAGAGGUAGACACUGACCAUUGGACCAUGAUCGAAGACCCGGCCGCGGUGAAUAAGGUCAUCCAGUCCUGGAUCGAGACAUUUGAAUAG